AUGUUAUCAGUUGUCCAGAGGAAGAGGUGGGAAUACCAUCGUAUGGGGAUCGACAUGUCUAGUGCCUUUGACACUAUACGACGAUCUACCAUCCUCGAUCUUCUUGUUGAGUGUGGCUGUGAUGAUGACGAAGUCCGUUUGGUAAGACUUUUGCUUUCCAAAACCAAGCUCAAAGUCAACAUCAACGGUACACUGUCUGCUGAAUUCCAGAGUUUUCUCGGUGCAUUCCAAGGUGACUGUCUGUCUGGAUGCUUGUUCACACUUGUCUUAGCGGGUGCCUUGCGUGACCUCCGUAACAGGCUUGAAACUGCAACGAAUAGGCCUAACCCACCUAUCACCGAUAUUGGUCUUCCACUUGACAGUGAGUAUGCUGAUGAUAUCGACUUCAAUGAUGAAGAUGAAGACAAUUUGAGGGAGCUGUUGCCUAUUGCAACAGAAGUCCUUAAAGAUUGGAAUCUCUUCGUUAACGAAGACAAAACUGAUUUCACUCAUGUGUACUUAGCUGAAAAGGGAGCUAAAGACGAUCAGGGUAAGCCAAUUGCAGGGAACGAGCUCUGGAGAAAGAGUAUCACGCUUGGCUCCAUGCUUUGUAGUAAGGAGGACAUCUCUAGAAGGAUAUGUCUGGGAUAUGCCGCGUUUAACAAAUACAAGAAAGCUUGGAACCAUAAGAUCCCUCUGAGCAAGAGGCUUCUGUUGUAUGAGGCUCUGAAUAGAGUUAAAUGGAGAAAUAUUGUCAAUAAUUCAUUUGGUAUCUCUUUCACGACUACUGAGUUUGCCGAACCAGAAGAUGUCAUGGUGGAGGCUGGACCCUGA